AUGGAAGCAGAUCGCCCUGGCAAGCUUUUCAUUGGUGGGCUCACUAGAGAAGCCAAUGAAAACAUGCUAAAAGCAGUAUUUGGGAGACAUGGUCCCGUGUCAGAAGUUCUGUUGUUGAAAGAUCGACGCAGGAAGUGCAGAGGCUUUGCGUUCAUUACUUUUGAGAAUGCUGCAGAUGCUCAGCAUGCUGCCAGAGAUUGGAAUGGAAAGUUUUUGGAUGGAAAAGUGUUAAAAGUAGAACAAGCCAAGAAACCAUUUUUUCAAAGUGCUGGCAGGCAGAGAACACCAUGUUUUUCAAGAAAGAGUAGAUGCACAGGAAAAGAGAGAUCUGCAAGAGGAAAGAGUGGACCGACUAGAGGCUGGCAUCCCUCACGUGGAGGACGCAUAGAUGAUGGUGAAUAUACUCGUGAUCUCAAUAUGAGUUCUUUCAGGGGACAUUUUCCAGUUAAAAGACAUCCACCUUUGAGAAGUGGAGGUCCUUAUCCUAAAAAGUCUGCUCCUUUUACUCUGGCUAGAAGCAAUAGUGGGAUGAGAGGUCAAGGUCCCACAUCACGUGGAAGAGAUUAUUACAGAGGUCCUUUAUGCAGAAAGUCAGUGUCUUCCUGGAGGUGUGACCAUAUGUCACGAAAACAUGAUGGUUAUGCAAGUAAGAGUAGAAAUAAUCCAAGUUUCCGAGACACCAUGGAAUAUGUUUCAAUGCACAGACACUAUGCAUACCGUGAUCAUGCUCGUUCUAGAGAGGAUAAACAUUCCAUUAGAGGAUAUAGUGAUCAUGAUGGCUACAGAAGGCAUGGUGGUAGAGAUCAUCCUGAACAUCAUAGUAGAAAUUCUAACAGAGCUUCAUAUAAGACUUAUAGGACCUCUCAUGAUUCAGCACCUGCACAAAGGCCUUGGAAGACUUAUGGUGGAAGCAAUUGCCCUGAUCAUAACAGUACACGAGAUAGAUAUGGCAGAAGUUGGGAGAGAUACUCAAGGAGCCAUAGCGAUUUCUGUUCCAGUGAUGGUGAGCAUUGUGGCAGAAAAGAACCAAUGUGCCCACCCUCUAUGGAGAGAGUGAACCGUGCUUCUCGUGAAGCACGUGGUAGCUCAAGAUACUAG